GCGCGGAACGUCGUAACCGCCCGCGCGAGCGGUCGCCUCUCGGCCUCACCGCCUUCAGUCUACGCUCGGCCGCUGCACACGACGCAUGUGAGUGACGCCGCGCUUGUGACUUUGAGUUUUGACAGUUUGUUAUCGUGAUCGUGUCAUGUUUUCGUAUCGGAACUAUGGUGUAUCCCAAUGAAAAUGUGGAGUGAUUUCCAGGGCUCGGGCGGCGGGUGCGGCGCCAAGCGGCGCGCCGGCCCGGGGUGCGAGGGCGGCGGCAAGGUCGCGCGCUGGGAGGACUCCAUCGCGCGGCUGGAGGCGGUGGCCGCGGGCGCGGGCGGCGCCGAGUGCUGGCGCGACGACGAGGAGCGGCGCGCGUGCCGGCGGCGCUGGUGCGGCGGCUGGUGCGGCGCGCACGACACCAUCCGCGCCGAGAACGGCAAGUCGUACCUGGAGCUGGGCGGCGCGGCGGCGCGCGCGUGCUGCGACGGGCGCGCCGCCGGCCGCUGCGCGUCGCGCCGCUGCUACCGCGAGCGCCGGCUCAAGAUGAUGAACCUGUGCGCGCUGAAGCUGGCGCGCUUCCGGCAGACGGCCGACCCGUCGCUGCGCCGCUCCGUGCUGGUGUGCAACACGCUGCGCGGCAUCGAGCGCGAGAUGGAGCGCGAGAGCGCCGAGGAGCCGCCCGAGGCGUGCGCGGCGGCGCGCUGCGAGCUGCUGCGCGAGCCGGCGGGGCGCGCCACGCCCUUCCCCGCGCCGCCGCCGCCCGACCGCGACUCGGGCUACGGCGACGAGGAGCCGCGCAGCAUCGACUGGGGCUCCGUGCUGAGCCUGUCGUCGCGCUCGGCGCUGGACCCGCCCGAGGACGCGUGGCCCGACGACUGGGGCUGGGGCGAGGACAGCUUCGUGCGGCUGCUGGUGCCCACGAGCUAGUGCGCGGCGCGCGGGCCUGCGCCGCCCGCGCCGCCCGCGCCGCCCUGACCUGGCCCUCUAGUCGGCGCGCGCCGCCACGAGUCACUAGUUAGUGUUAUGUGAUUGUUAACGGGAAGGUGCUAGCUUCGGACGACACGCGGGACUCGUACGCGACCCGACUUAUUUUUGAUACUUUUAUUUUCCUUUGAGUGAACUCAGAAACUGCAGUGACAUUGCCGAAGACGUUAUUAUCGUUUGUAUCGGGUGUUUGAAAUUUUUGUUGAAAUUAUUGUGUAAUUAAUUAGAUAAAUGCUAUAUUUAUUGCGUUGAGGGAGGAGGGACGAUUUGAAAUUAUUUCUGUCUUGAUAUUUUCCACGUAUCGGACGCACGUACGACGAAGCGUGACUGCGGGUGAGUAGGGACGUGCACGCUGCAGCUCCGAACUCAAUGUCGUUGAACAAAUUGUAAUUAAAUACGUAGUAUGUACUUAAAUUAACCGACGAACUUUCAUUAGUUCCGCAUCCACUGCUCCGGCGCCACUGUGCGGUGCGCGCCGGGUGUCAAUUAUGCAGCCUUAUGGACAGUCCUCAUGAAAGUCUCGCGAAAGCAUUUUCUGUUGAAAGCUCUGACCAAGUGCCUUUGGACUUGUAUCGCACUCAAAUUCACCAACUUUCUGUCGUUUUUUGAACUUACACAUCGAAAAUAUUUAACACCAAUAAAUACAUAAAUUGCUAUAAAUUUUAAUCGUAAUACACACAAGUGUAAUUUUAACACAAAACAUAGAUUCUAUAAACGCAGUUUGUGAUCGUGAUCAUAUACUUUGACAGGUGUGACGUCUAGCGAGGCAGGUCCAAUUGCAAUUGGUCUGAGGUUGUAAGAUUGGAAGUCAGGCCCUGAUUAAUUGUGAUCGUACUUAAGACAUCUCAGUUGGAAUUGUGAAUGAAUCGAAAUCUGUCCGCGAUCCGCCGGCCCUUGUGAACUGACUCUUUAUCUAACGAUUAAGAACAAUAAAUAAUUUAAGGAUCAAACGUAUACUAAUAAAGCGACCACUGGAUAAUUUCUUACGGUAUUUACUACUAACAGUUAAAUGCAGUUCCUAAUAUGUAAUGAUUUUAAUAUUAAGUGAAAAUAACAAUUAAUUUGCAGUAUUUACUUAAUUCUAGUUUUGUACAGAGUUCGUCGGGGCCGACGGAUUCCCAGUAGCAAUGGCUAAUAGAGAUUAGGAACCGUUAGAAAUGCAAUGAGAUUUGAGACAUCGAAAAUACUGAUUUAAAUUAUAAUACCACAAACCCAGCGAUCCUAGAGAGGUGUAGAGUACCAUAAUGUACAGUAGAACCAGAUUAAUAAGUUACAAGUAAAUUGGCAUUUAAAAAAAUUAUACGAAAAAAUGCUUCAUUACUUUACGUUUAAUUAAACAAAAAAAAAACAGCUUUGAUUUACUUAAAACCUUAUUGAUGCCAACGUAACCAAUAAUAAAUUAUUUUGCGUUUUUUUUCUAUUGUAACUUAUUAUAAUGGUUCUACUACACUGCAAUGAAAUCAUGUAAAAGUUAUUGAUAACAAUCCUCUCUAAAAAUACGUAUGCCUAUGCAUUUAUAUUUGCGUUUAAUUUAGCGUUCUACUGCUGCUACAAAAGGAAAGCAUAACGCAAAUUCUUAACACAAUCUCUGUAGCAUGUACGUAAAAAUUUGCGCAUUGCAAUGAUACGCCAGUUUAAGAACUAUUCUUGUGGCCAAAACGCAAAACUUAACGCAACCGCUAACGCAAUUACAGAACGCAAACGUUAACGCAAGCGCAAACGCAUUGGUGACUCGCUGGGUUGCACCCUACGUGAAACGUGGUUCAUUGUAACAGCGUGUCAUCGGGAAAAAAGGCGUGAAACCUUCGCGGGCGUAGUUAAAUUAUUUGGACAACGAGCUAAAUAGUCUUUUGUGUUUAUAGAUAGUAAAUAUUUUAAAACGCGUAGCGCUUUUCUAAAAUGAUGUUUUUAUAACAGACAGUUUAAGUUUCGCAUUUGUUUCUAUCUCUCUCUAUCUGUAUUGUUAGACAGAGAGACAUAGAGAUAAGUUCAAAACUCACACUGUCGAGUUAUAAAAACAUUGCUAUAAAUAGCGCUACAAGAUUUAUUUUACCUGGCAUCUAAAACGUGACGUCAUAUUGAAAAGUGAUAAAGAAUGAUAUAUGUAUCUACAUACAUAGACAAUACAUAAGGACAUUGUGUAAAUGUACCAGAUACCAAGUAAAAAAUUAAAUAAACGCGUAUUUUCGUUGGCGUAUGCUCAACCUUUUUGAAAUCCAACAAUGGUCUUAUUUGCAAGUUCUUUCAUCCAAGACAAAGCUAUCUACAUAAUAUAUCCUUAGUAUAUGCACGCUCGCAAUCAUUUUUGGGAAAUUAUACUAACGUCUGAGUAAAAUGAACCUAAUGUUAGACCUAAUAAAGCUCAAGUUCGUACACUUCUCUCAACCAGUUCUAGCGGAACGAGUGUAAAAUAAAAAUCAGUAUAGAAUGUACGGCAUUAAAACGAGGUUUUUAAUUAGGUUCAUUUAACUUUGACUUUGAUUUGCGUUAAUUCGCGAAAACGUCACGAUUGCGAGCGUUAUACUCGACAACUUUAUGCAUAACGCGUCAAUUAUACCUAAGACUCCUUCAAAACUAGCAGCUACCUAUAACUAUACACCGAAAAAAAAAACAAUUGACACAUACAAUUUGCGUCAAAUAACUUUCCCAAGCUGUAGCCAAUUUCGAACUCGCAUAGUCGAGUUAUAAAAACACCGUUCCAGAAUAACGCUACUGAAGUUCGUUUAUAGAAUAACCACAUAUGUCCUUAACUUUGUUAUUAUGUAUAACGUGCACUUAAUAACGUAAAAUUUAAUUGAUACAACUGUAUUCAUGUAUGUUUUUGUUUUAAAAAUAAUUCUUAUAUCCCAAUAUUUUUAUUACGAGUAGGUUCAUAGCUCGUGUUAGGAUUACUUACGACAAUAGUUCAGCGAGUGGUUAAUAAAAAUAGGCCUUUCAAACUCGGCCGCUGAGUUAAGAAAUCCCGUCAUCCCGAUGACACCACAUGGCGUCCACGGAAUUGCGACUGCAUGGACCAAACAUACCUAUCUAGCACGACUUUUAAAUAGAGCAAAGUACAAAUUUCAAAUAAAGUAAGAUGCAUUAGUGCUCCUGCGCAUGUUUGUCCACCGUUGUCAAUUACUCAAAUAUUUGAAUUGUGAUUCGGUAGCUAAUGAGAGAAACUCUAUGUUCUUUAAAUUUAGUGUACAUAUUAUAUGCGGAGUUGGGCAUUAUGGCGCGGGGUACGCGGCCGUUGUAAAUACAUUAUUGUAAAGUAAUUUUAUUGUGUCCGACGUGGAUUUGCGUCCGCUGUCGUUCCAACAGACUGAUGACUCGAUUGGGUACAGUUUGAUAGCUUAAAGGUCUCUACAAUAUGGGUAUUUUUUUUGGUUUUUUGGUACUUUAAAAAGCUUUUUAAAACACUACUAUCGUGCUUUUUAAUAUUUAUUUAAUUAAGUUGACUGAUCUAAAAGUUGUGUUCAUAUUCCCGCAUUUUUGACUGUGAUAAAAAUUAACGCAACAUUUAGAUGUGUCAAUUUAGUUAACUCAUAAUGGUCUAUCAAUUAUAGAGUACAUAAAAUCACUUAUUUAAAAUGUACUCAUGGCAUUUAUGCAAGUAUGUAAAACACGUCAUUGGGAGACGUUCGUAAUUUUUUUUUUUUUAGGAAAUAAUAUUUUAUUUAAUUUUUUUCAAUAAAAAUCAAAUUCCGGAAACUUAAAUAAAAUUUUAUUCCCUUUAAAAUAAUAUUUUUUAAAUAUUUAACACAUAAUUUUGCUUAAAUACCCAAAAAUUAAAUAAAAUAAAAAAGUUGGUCACCGCAAGCCAGCCGGGAAACAUUGUUUUAUAAUCAUUGCUUUAUUUUUCCUUAUAAGAAUAAAUUAUUAUUUAAGUAUCUGACCAACUUUUCUAUUUAAGAAGACAGUAGAGACUUUUUGAAAAAUACCAAACUACCGCCAAUUUGCACUUGUUGGUCUGUUGGAAAUCGUGUUGUAUCAUACGACCUCUAUUCUGUCCAAUACACUCAAGUACAGAUUUACAAGUUACAUAUUAUAAUUCGUUUUAAUAUAAGUGUCACAAAAUAUUGCCAGUACUGAUUGGAGUUAGUUAGGUUUAUAAUGGGUUUAAAACUCGUACCACGCUCUUUUGUAACGAUGUUUUUAAAACUCGACAGUUUGAGUUUCGAAUUUCUGUGUUUCUCUCUGUCUAACACAAUACUGUAGACCGAGAGCGAUGGAUACGGAUUUGAAGCUCAACCUGUCGAGUUAUAAAAACAUCGUACCUGAAUAGCGUUCCCAUCUACUUGAUCGGAAGUUAUGUUAAGUAGGCAUGAUGAAAAAGAUUGCAUUCCUUUUACUAGUUAUUAAAUCAAAUGGUAGGAUUGUUACCAUCGAAUAUAGGUAUUUUAAAUUAGCAGAAUUUUCACUUUUUAUAAUAUUUUAACUUUAAAAAAAUCAUUAUCUAACACUGCUUUUUAUUUUCUACGUCUGUCUAACAGAUAUACUCCGACCAUGUUGAUGGGCUUAUUUGAUUCACUGGAUAGUUUUGUGUUGAGUUCCGAUCAGUUUUUCCAUCUUAAGAUUUAUUUUACAUACUUCUAGGUAUGUUUUUUUUUUGUUAAACUUGUCCGUAUGGUUGGUUGUGAUGGUUUACUUAAGUAAGUUAGUGAAAUAUGGGUAAACGAGUCUAUUUGAAGUAAUUUAAAUACUUACACGUUUGUACUAAAAUUUAGCCCACAUAGUUUAUGUUUCUGUCGUCUGUACUCUUCAGUUUUCGUUAAGUACUUAAAGUAAUUUAGUGAGUUUGAUGCGUGUAUGAGACAUUUUAAUUAAAAAAGAAAUCUUGACUGUACCAAUUAGAAUAAAUAAAUAAAUAAAAUUAUAUGGAACAGCAAACGACAGAGACAUAAACUCAUAUAUGAUAUGCUUGCAACAUGUACAAAUAACAAAAUAUGAAAUUAACUUUCCAUUUUCAUUUCCAAUGAAAUUAUCGUUUUCAUAAAAUCUAUUUAUGCCUAUUAUAUUUAAAAUUGUAUAAAUUAUCAAUUAAAUUAUAAAUUGUGCAUCGUGCUCAACACGUACUUUUGGUAUGAAUUCCGGUAUAUGUAUGUCUGUUUGAAAUUAUGUACAAAUUAAGCGGAGAGCACUAUUUAUUACAUUAUCAUGCAUUUUCCUUGUGUUUAGUCCUUCGCUUACGGACUAGAAACCUGUUAUAGCCAGACAAACCUCAUUUUGUGAACGAUGAAAGCAUUCUAUGCUCCAAUCGUAGGUACUGUAUCUACGAUUGGAGCAUAGGAUAGCUAAUUAUGGAGUGUGGGAAACUUUAUACUUGGUCGAUUAAAGAUCCUUAAACCCCUUGUAGGUCUAACAAUGCGUAUCAAUACGUCAACUCAAUAAAGACUGUCUUGAGUUUAACGCUAUCAUGUUCCAACCUACCUAAUUGGUUACAGUAUCUAUGGAAGCAUAGGCUGUCAAACUUUCAGCCUUUAUAAAUGAGAUAUGUCUGGCUAUAUCAGGCUCCCGUUCUAUUAAUGUAGCGUCGUCACGAGAAUUGUAGCUUGUGUAGCUUUUGACAGUUGUCUUAAAUUGCAGAAGUUCAUGUGUGACCUGUCAACAAAGUUGUGAUUGUCUGAUGCCUGUAUUAGAUGACACAUCCACAACUGUCAAAUCAGUGAACUUGUGCCACGGUUUAAGCAAUUGUUUUUAAUGACACAUGUGUUGUGUUAAAUUGCUAAUAGCAGCCUGGAGUUGUGAAGUCAGCAAUGUUGAUAUUCUCAUACGAUUUGUUCAAAGUCAAAAAUCAUUUAUUCAUAGGAAUAAUAUAGAAUACUAUAGAAAAUCGUCUAUAGUUAUUGUUUUUUUAUUUGAAUUAAAAAAUGAUUCAAACUUAAAAUUGUCGUAAUAACCUAUGAUCAAAAUUAAAUCGGGUAAACAUUUUAAUCAACAUUGCCACUAUAAAACUCCACUGCUUGCCCAGAAACUGUAAUACAAGUUCACUGCACAAUUCAAUUCAAAUCCAAUAGCAUUUUUCUGUAACUACGAGUAUAUUUUAUAACUCGAAAGUAUGAGCUUCAAAUUCAUCUCUGUCUGGCUCUAUCUACAGAAUGGUGUUAGACAAAGAGAGAUAGCAACGUUCAGACUCACGCUUUCGAGUUAUAAAAAUAUUGCUAUAGACUAUAGAGCAACAGUUUUCGUGGCGACUAUACUAAUGGUAAUGCGAGACAUGCACUGUGUUGUGACUACAGCAAUAAUUGUGGACAGUAGAUCUUGUCUUAUCCGUCUUCUCAUGGUAUGGCUACGUCAUCAAGCGAUUGAAAUACAAACAUUAAAAAUUAACAAAACGAUGCACUUAAUUGCCGUACUUAAUUUGACCGUUAAAUUCAACACAACUCACUCAUUCACUCGAUUCCAAAUUACAUCUUACGCUCAUUGACAAGGUUCACUCACUGAACUGAUUCAUAAUAGAUUGAUGUGAAAUAUAAAAAAAACUGGAUUGGCGACGCCACAAGUAUUUGUAGCAGUCUGUGCUUCAGGAAGAUAUUACUCGUAGUUCCUUUUCCUUCCGCAACAUGGCGAUGUUUUUACAGUUGUACAAUAAUGUUUUAAAUUUCUGCAAUUAUAAAACGUUAAGAAUAUUAUUGAGAAAACGUGCAUUUAAAUAAAAUUAAAAUUAUAAUUUUAAUUGUUUUCAUAUGGUUGUAUUUAGUUAGAAAGAAUUAUUUAAGAGCUGUACGGUUUAAUACCUUUGCCUUUUCCCUAUGGGAAAAAAUAAGGUUAACAAUAUCAUUUAGGAGUAGGUAAAUUGAUUUCAAAUCGAUCAUGUAGCCAUACCAACCGUCGGGAACUCUUCCAAGAAGGGUUCUCGACAUCAUCAUACGUAACUUUAUAAUUAUCUAAGUGUAAUUCAUUAGUGUUUUCAUUGCCAUUGGUUACCAAAAAUGACAGGAUUUUUAUUGAAACGAUUGUGUAUAUUCUAGAGAAGAAAAUACUCCUAUGAAGACAACUGAGGAACCAUUUUGUAUGCACUUGUGAUGCACAUCGAAUUGUUAUACGUUCCUCAAUGAAGUGUUCCGAAAUGGUUUCCCGCUGUCUAAAAUGUAUGAAAAUAUUGUAAUAUAAUUAUUAUUUAAGCUGUUGUGUCGAAAAUAACAAGAACAGGAAUAAUUUUGUGAAACAAUGGCACAAAGGAUGAACAUAAAAUAUUAUAUAUAUUAUAGAUACAGAAAUGUGGCUAUAAGAGCAAUUUUUAUAAUAAAUAUUUACUGUUGAUGAAAA